AUGUCCCUACCAAUCCCUCACAUCAAUCGCACGCCCUCGGCCAUCAAGCGCUCCGGGUCCGCAUCCAGCCUGGGCAAUGGUCCGAUCGAGCACGAGAACGAUCUUACACCCGUGAUCCGUGGUUCACGAAGAGGAUCGACCAGCAGCGUCAAUACCUCAGCAGCAACAUCACCACUUACCCUCAUCCAACCACCCAUCGCCCACGCAGUCGCUCAGACCACCCUCUACGCCGGCAAAUCCCACAAAGCCACGGUUCUUCCUACUCAUGCCUUGAUGACCGCAUCACCUUACUUCCAGAAACUGCUCUCGGAAACCCCCGAGCCGCUACCGGAACAGACGACCUUCGAGGAAGCUGAUGAAGCCUCCAUGGCACUCUUCGGCCACUACGUCACCGGCAAGAAACUCGGCGGACCGACGGACUUCCACUCCUGUGGCCACUACCUAGGCCUCUACGUCCUGGGCCAGAGAUUCGGGUGUGAAGGUCUAGAGAAUGAUGUAAUGAACCACACACGAACCUACUACCACACCUCCACCAUGACCGCCUCCCCCUUCCGCUGCCAAUACAUCUACACCUACACCCCUGGCCCAAAUCUAAUGCGCAAAUUCCUCCUCUCCACAGCCGCAUGGCGCGCUUUAUACGAUCACACCUCAAAACCGGAACACAACGACGAGACCACCAAUACUGACACUCCUGGUCUAUCGAACGCGAUGAAGGAAGUCCUAGCGAAAGACGCGACGAUGAGUGCAGAUUUCAUGCAUGCGUUGAUUGAGUUUGGGAGGCAAACGGUGGGUGAUCCGAGGGAGGGGGAGAGGUGUGUGUGGCAUGUGCAUGAGAGGACGAGGAAGUGUGUUGAGGAGGGGUUGGAGCCGUGGGAGAGGGAUUGA